AUGGCAGACGAGAGUAUCAAUCGUCAUAUUCGGUACCAACCCGACACCGUCGCCCUAGCCGGGGAGAAAGACCCCAAAGUCUCCCAGUCACCAAAUUCCCUCGAGGAUGGCAGCCUUUCACACUCUCCAACUGAUUUUGAGCAAGAUCGGGUAAUACAGGGAAACAAAAAGUUCAAUCGACUAGGUUGGAAACGCCUGACUAUUUGCCUCAUCGUGGAAGCCAUCGCUCUGGGCAGCCUGAGUCUUCCUGCGGCAUUCUCAACACUUGGAAUGGUUGCUGGGGUUAUAUCAUCCGUUGUCAUCGGCCUCAUUGCCACUUAUGCUGGCUAUAUCGUGGGGGCUGUAAAGAUAAAGUAUCCAGAGAUUGAGAACUAUCCGGACAUUGGGAGAUUACUCCUUGGAGAGACCGGCUUCUGGAUUAUUACCUGCGCUUUCGUCAUUGGGAUAAUGCUAGGCGUAGGCUCCCAUUGUCUGACUGGUAUAAUUGCCUUUGUGAGAAUCACAGAGAGUGAUAUUUGCACGGUGAUUUUUGGGUUGAUCUCAACAAUCAUCCUUCUCUUAGCCGCCAUUCCUCCAUCUUUUGCGGACCUUGCCAUAUUGGGCUACAUUGAUUUUGCAUCAAUCAUUAUAGCCAUCGGAAUUACAAUAAUUGCUACUGGGAUACAGAGUUCUCAAAGCCCUGGUGGUCUAUCGAGCUCAACAUGGUCAGCCUGGCCUCGCGAGGACGCUGAUUUCCCGAAAGUGAUGGUCGCUCUUAAUAAUAUCGUCUUCGCCUAUUCUUUUGCACCUACUCUCCCAUCCUUUAUGGCCGAAAUGCACACGCCAAGGGAUUAUGUCAAGUCAGUAUACGCAAUCGGCAUGAUUGAAAUUAUUCUUUACACAUUGAUUGGAUCUCUUGUGUUUUACUUCGUCGGCCAGGAUGUCCAAUCCCCAGCAUUGCUCUCAGCUGGGCCUCUGAUCUCAAGAAUCGCGUUUGGUAUUGCCCUCCCAGUCAUUUUUAUCUCGGGUUCAAUAAAUACCUCCGUGGUUGCUCGAUAUAUUCAUGGCCAUAUCUAUCGAAACUCCGUGGUGCGUUAUGUGAAUACCAAAACCGGUUGGAUUACCUGGAUCGCGCUCGUGACCAUCCUCACUUUCCUCUCGUGGAUUGUUGCCGAAGCUAUUCCCGUGUUUUCCGACAUGCUAUCUAUCACGGCUGCCCUGCUGAACUCGGGACUCUGUUUUUAUGUUCCCGCGAUUAUGUGGUUUGUUCUUCUCAAAGAAGGCAGUUGGCUCUCAAGGAAAAAUAUCAGAACUGCCUUUUAUAAUGGAGUUGUCUUUCUGCUUGGAAUAGGCAUUCUCGUUUGUGGAAUGUACGCAAACGUCCUUAAUUUGGUAAGUGAAAACAAUCUUCAAUCCUAG